AUGCCUCUUCGCAACCCGGUCGUUAAGUACACUCAGCUGUUCAUCAACAACAAGUUUGUGGACGCCGUUUCCGGUAAAACAUUCCCGACGUACAACCCCGCCACUGGAGAAAAGAUUGCAGAUGUCCAAGAAGGAGACAAGGAAGACGUGGAAAAUGCAGUACGUGCUGCUAAGGCAGCUUUCGCCCGUGGUUCACCGUGGAGAACGAUGGACGCGUCGAACCGAGGGCGUCUUAUCCACAAGCUCGCUGACCUUAUCGAACGUGAUGUCGACUACAUUGCAAGCUUGGAAAGCUUGAACAACGGAAAACCGUAUACUAUGUCCAUGUUCGACGUCACUUAUAGCGUCGGUUGUCUGCGUUAUUGCGCCGGAUACAGCGAUAAGAUUCAUGGCAAGACUAUCGCCAUGGACGGUGAUAACUUCGGCUACACGAGACGUGAACCGAUCGGUGUGGUCGGCCAGAUCAUUCCCUGGAAUGUCCCUAUUAUGAUGCUUUCGUGGAAGAUAGGCCCAGCACUGGCCACUGGCAACGUAGUUGUGCUCAAGCCUGCCGAACAAACUCCUCUAACUGCUCUGUACAUCGCCAGUUUGGUCCUCGAGGCCGGUUUUCCACCCGGUGUAGUCAAUGUCAUUGCCGGCUAUGGCGAAACGGCAGGAGCUGCGAUUUCCCAAAGUAUGGAUAUCGAGAAAGUUGCUUUCACGGGCUCCACAGAAGUGGGCCAGCUCAUUCAGAAAGCUGCAGGAGAGUCUAACUGCAAGAAGGUCUCAUUGGAGCUAGGGGGAAAGAGUCCUCUCAUCGUAUUUCCUGACGCUGAUUUGGAUUUGGCAGCGCAAAUAGCGCACGAGGCCCUUUUCUUCAACCAGGGGCAGGUUUGCUGUGCAGCCACUCGAACAUUCGUCCAUGAAGACAUCUACGACAAGUUCGUGGCAAAAUCAGUUGAACUUGCAAGCAAGCGCGUGGUGGGAGACCCAUUCGACGAGAGAACCAUGCAAGGGCCACAGAUUGACAAGGUGCAGUUCGAAAAGAUCUUGAACUACGUCGCUGUUGGGCAGCGUGAGGGGGCCAAGCUAAAAUGUGGCGGGAAGCGCCUGGGACACAGAGGCUACUUCAUUGAGCCAACUGUGUUUUCGGACGUCACUGAUCACAUGACUAUAGCUCGAGAAGAGAUAUUCGGUCCAGUGCAGAACAUAUUGAAAUUCAGGACAACGGAAGAAGUCAUCCGGAGGGCGAACGAGACGACGUAUGGUCUAGCAGCGGGGAUCAUAACCAGGGACCUGGACACUGCGAACACGGUUGCGCAGGCCCUAGAAGCAGGAUCAAUUUGGGUGAAUACCUACAUGGCGAUCAGUCCUCAGGCACCGUUUGGUGGAUACAAGAUGUCUGGAAUUGGCCGUGAAAUGGGCGAAGACGGGGUGAUGGAGUACACGGAAGUGAAGACGGUCGUUAUCAAGCUCCCACAGAAGAAUUCGUGA